GAAGCAGAGGAGGAAGGAGAGAAAAGGUGGAGGUGGAGGUGGCCGCAGGCUGAGUCGCGGCCGGGAUGUCCGGGCAGCAACCGCCGCCGCCGCCGCCGCCGCAGCAGCAGCAACAACAACAGCAGCUGCCGCCGCCGCCACCACCGGCGGCUGUGGCCCCCGUCUCCGGAGUCGUUCUGCCGGCGCCCCCAGCCGUCAGCGCUGGCUCCUCUCCGGCCAGCUCGCCCGGCGGAGGCGCGGGCGGCAGCGCCGGCUUGGGGGCCGCUGCAGCCGCCCUGCUCCUCCAUCCGCCGCCGCCGCCGCCACCCCCGGCCACCGCGGCCCCGCCGCCGCCACCCCCGCCCCCUGCUUCCACAGCUGCCCCAGCUAGCGCGCCCCCCGCACCUCCAGGCCUCGCUGUGAGCUCCAGUCCGGCCGGAGGCGGCCUGGCCCCAGCCCUGGCGGCCGGCAGCAUCGCCGCAGCCCCCUUUCCGCACGGGGACUCGGCCCUGAACGAGCAGGAGAAGGAGUUGCAGCGGCGACUGAAGCGUCUCUACCCGGCUGUGGACGAGCAGGAGACGCCGCUACCUCGGUCCUGGAGCCCGAAGGACAAGUUCAGCUACAUCGGCCUCUCUCAGAACAACCUGCGAGUGCACUACAAAGGUCAUGGCAAAACCCCAAAAGAUGCAGCAUCUGUUCGUGCCACACAUCCAAUACCAGCAGCCUGUGGGAUUUAUUAUUUUGAAGUGAAAAUCGUCAGUAAAGGAAGAGAUGGGUACAUGGGAAUUGGUUUAUCUGCUCAAGGAGUGAACAUGAAUAGACUACCAGGUUGGGAUAAACAUUCAUAUGGUUACCAUGGGGAUGAUGGACAUUCAUUUUGUUCUUCUGGAACGGGACAACCUUAUGGACCAACUUUUACUACUGGUGAUGUCAUUGGCUGUUGUGUUAACCUUAUCAACAAUACCUGCUUCUACACCAAGAAUGGACAUAGUUUAGGUAUUGCUUUCACCGACCUACCGCCAAAUCUGUAUCCUACUGUGGGGCUGCAGACACCAGGAGAAGUAGUUGAUGCCAAUUUUGGGCAACAUCCAUUUGUGUUUGAUAUUGAGGACUACAUGCGUGAAUGGAGAACCAAAAUCCAGGCACAGAUAGACCGGUUUCCUAUUGGAGAUCGAGAAGGGGAAUGGCAGACCAUGAUACAAAAAAUGGUUUCAUCUUAUUUAGUCCACCAUGGGUACUGUGCCACAGCAGAGGCCUUUGCCAGAUCUACAGACCAGACCGUACUAGAAGAAUUAGCUUCCAUUAAGAAUAGACAAAGAAUUCAGAAAUUGGUGUUAGCAGGAAGAAUGGGAGAAGCCAUUGAAACAACACAACAGUUAUACCCAAGUUUACUUGAAAGAAAUCCUAAUCUCCUUUUUACAUUAAAAGUACGUCAGUUUAUAGAAAUGGUGAAUGGUACAGAUAGUGAAGUGCGAUGUUUGGGAGGCCGAAGUCCAAAAUCUCAAGACAGUUAUCCUGUUAGUCCUCGACCUUUUAGUAGUCCAAGUAUGAGCCCUAGCCAUGGAAUGAAUAUUCACAAUUUAGCAUCAGGCAAAGGAAGUACUGCACAUUUUUCUGGUUUUGAAAGUUGUAGUAAUGGUGUAAUAUCAAAUAAAGCACAUCAAUCAUAUUGCCAUAGUAAACACCAGUCAUCCAAUUUGAAUGUACCGGAAUUGAACAGCAUAAAUAUGUCAAGAUCACAGCAAGUUAAUAACUUCACUAGUAAUGAUGUAGACAUGGAAACAGAUCACUGCUCCAAUGGAGUUGGAGAAACUUCAUCCAAUGGUUUCCUAAAUGGUAGCUCUAAACAUGACCACGAAAUGGAAGAUUGUGACGCCGAAAUGGAAGUUGAUUCCAGUCAAUUGAGACGCCAGUUGUGUGGAGGAAGUCAAGCCGCCAUAGAAAGAAUGAUCCACUUUGGAAGAGAGCUGCAAGCAAUGAGUGAACAACUAAGGCGAGAAUGUGGCAAGAACACAGCAAAUAAAAAAAUGUUGAAGGAUGCAUUCAGUUUGCUAGCUUACUCAGAUCCUUGGAACAGCCCAGUUGGAAAUCAGCUUGACCCAAUUCAGAGAGAACCUGUGUGCUCAGCUCUUAACAGUGCAAUAUUAGAAACUCACAAUCUGCCAAAGCAACCUCCACUUGCCCUAGCAAUGGGACAGGCCACACAGUGUCUAGGACUGAUGGCUCGGUCAGGAAUCGGAUCCUGCGCGUUUGCCACAGUGGAAGACUACCUACAUUAGCUAUGCAUUAAAGGAGCUCAAACUUAUAUUGUGGCAUAUAGGCAACAUGGAAGUAGACCAGCUCUGCUGAUUGGAAAUUUAGAUUUUUUAAUUAUGUACUGGGGACAGGUUUUUGUCGCUUUACAUUGCUUCCUAGUUUACAGCAUGAUGCAAAUGAUUUUCUAACUUAGUGUUAGGAGAAAUUAUUUUCCAUCUUAUAACCUCUUAGUUGUCUAAGAGUUUAAUAUUACUGAAUUUCAGACGUUCAAAUUGAUCAUCACAAAUCCUUUAAAACAAUUACCUAAAAGAAACCAAAAAAUCCUGCCGCGUUUGUGGGGGGGAGACGGGGUAAGGAAAUGGAACAAGUUGUGUUUGUGUUAGCAUGUGGGUGAUGUAAACUUCAAAUUGGGAGAUGUUCCGACCCCCACUUCCAUAUAUUCAAUCAGUGUAACUUGCAAAAUGCAUAAACAUCCGACAGUUUGAAUUUAUAGUGUUGAUGGAAGAAAUCAUUUUUAAUGUGUACUGUAAAACUUGAAAUACUCAGGAGCUGAGUGAACAUGUUUGUUGCUACUUACAAUCCCGACCUGUUAGUCCCAGUAGUUUUGUUUUAACAUGGUCUUUUUCAGCUUUGUUUCCUGUUUAACUACAGAUGACUUCUGUUGUAGACUCACAAGUUUAACUGUUGUAUUAUAACAGUAUUACCUGUCAACAGUGUGGUUAUGACCUUUAUUUAUAUAAAAACCAAAUAUUUAGUCAAUUUACCGUGUCUUAAUUUAAUCUUUGUACACCUUCCAUUUUUAAGUGCUUAAAUGAGUACUAUAUUGCAAUAAAAAUGUAGUGAUAUAAUUAACCAGCCAUUAAAAAUUUACUUCUACAGA